CUGCUGGCCCCUACUGGUGCCUCUAAAAAUCUGUGAUUUGCUGUUUACUUCGAAUAUAAUUCACGUGGAACUUAGGUGUUCCUGUGAAUUGGCCUGGGACUUAAGACGGAGGAGAGGAUUGUACCAAAUCAGUACAGGUCCAUUUCCAUUGGUGACUGAACAAUUCUUGGAGUGGCAGAAGACCUGUUGCCAACAGGUCUGCACCUAGAAGCCGUCAUCUUCUGAAGCCUGAGGUGUCUUACUGGCAGCUGCUGCCUGGAAAGUGUAUCUGCUAACAGUUGACUAACUUCCUAUAGAGUUUAGCUCUGAUCUUGUGAAAGAGUAUUUACACAUUGACUUUGAACAACCAGUACCGUAUAUCUAUAGCUAGCAUAUAACUAGGCUUCAACCAUGGCUGGAAGUAAGAAUGGACGUAGAAACAAGGCAAGACAUGGAAAAGGGGCUGGGGGAAAAGCUGAAGCAGAGAAAGUGGCUACUCCUGCAGUCAAACAAGUAGCCAAGACCCAAGCCAAAUCAGUAGCCAAGGCACCACCUCAGGCAGCUCCCAAAGCAGAGGUGAAGGCUGGGUCUAAGAACAAGAAUGUUAAUGAGAAAAAGAAGGGGCGGGCCGGUAAUGUUCCAAAAGCUGAGGAUGUGGCCCCUAAAAAGAAUCAGCUGUGUUCUGUUACUGAGCCCAAAGCAGAAUGUAAAGAGAAAUCUGGUAAAUCUAAAGCAGAAUGUAAAGAGAAGCCUGGCAAUGAUACCUGGUUCUUGGGUGGAGAGGAGUCCAGUGCUGAUUCUUGGUUCUGGAAGGGAGAAGAAGCUUAUAGUCGUUCUAGUGUUAAGAAUGAAGGGAAAACUAAGAACACUGGCACCAAAAAGUCUGAGGCUCUGGGUGCAACUGGUUACAAGCCUAAGGUGGGAGGUGAUGAUGAAGAGGAAGAGAACGUUAUUGGGAGUUGGUUUUGGGAUGGCGAUGAAACCAGUUUUGAUCCUAAUCCUAAACCUGUGAGCAGGAUUGUUAAACCCCAGGCUAUUGAUGAAAUUAAUGAGAAAAAUAGGCCCAAGGAUUGGUCUGAGGUAACUAUUUGGCCUAAGGCCCCUGCUGUAACUCCAGCAGUAUUGGGGUAUAGAUCCCAAUCUCAAUCUGAGGCAAGGCCACCUUCAUAUAUUGUCCUGGGAUCACUUGAGGAAAAUGCUCAAUCUGCGCCUGCAGGAGCAGGAGCUGCAGCGGCGGCAGCUUCCCUUCCUAAGACCAUUGGCGCAUAUACACAGUCUGUUCCUGAGUAUCCAUUCGGAUCUGAACCUUGCACUCAGACUAUAGAGGAGAUUAGACGCCAAAUCAAGAUCAGAGAGAUGAAUGGCAUUAAGCCGUUUGCUUGCCCUUGCAAAAUGGAAUGCUACAUGGACUCUGAGGAAUUUGAAAAACUUAUUAGCUUACUUAAAUCGACUACUGAUCCCCUCAUUCAUAAAAUAGCUCAAAUCGCUAUGGGGAUCAUUGAUGUUCAUCCAUUUGCCCAAGAGUUCAUUAAUGAAGUGGGCGUGGUGACACUUAUUGAGAGCUUACUCAGUUUUCCUUCCUCUGAAAUGAGAAAAAAGGCUGUCAUUACUCUAAAUCCUCCUUCUGUGGAUGAAAGACAGCGCAAGGUUGAGUUACAUGUUAAACAUAUGUGCAAGGAAACCAUGGCUUUCCCUUUGAAUUCACCUGGACAGCAGUCUGGAUUAAAGGUACUUGGACAGCUGACUGCGAAUGCUAACAAUCACCACAUUGUUGCUAGUUAUUUCACAGAAUUUUUCAAUUUGCUGUCCAUUGGAAAUCGUAAGACCAGAAAUCUUGUUCUGAAAGUUCUUUUGAAUCUGUCUGAAAAUCCAGCUGCAGCCAGAGACAUGAUCGAUACCAAAGCUCUGGCAGCAUUAAAACUAAUUUUUAACCAGAAGGAGGCAAAAGCCAAUCUUGUUAGUGCUGUGGCCAUCUUUAUUAACAUAAAAGAGCAUAUCAGAAAGGGUUCGUUAAUGGUUGUGGAUCACCAGAGUUACAAUACACUGAUGGCCAUUUUCCGUGAGGUUAAAGUGAUCAUUGAAACUAUGUAAAGGAACCACAAAGAAA